AUGGAUUAAGACUAAGAUAUUAAAAGGAAAAUAAGAUCACAUUCAGUUGAAAGAGGUAUGAAUUAAAUAUAUAAUUAUAGAGAAAACUGAGAGUUAGUCAUAAUUUACAGAUGAAAUAGAGGAUGAUAAAAUAGUCACAAUUGGUGUUUGUUGUAUGGCUAAGAAAUCUUAAUCAAAAGAAAUGCAAGAAAUUCUUAAUCGUAUAAACCCAGAGUUUUUUUAAAUUGAAAUAUUUUCUGAAUAAAUGAUUCUUGAAGAUCCUAUUGAAUCAUGGCCUAUAGUAGAAACACUUAUUAGUUUUUAUUCUGAUGGAUUCCCUUUGAAUAAAGCCAUUGCCUAUGCUGAUUUGAGAAAGCCAUUCAUUAUAAAUGAUCUAAAGAAAUAACAACUUCUAUGGGAUAGAGAAAGAGUUUAUACUUUAUUAAAGAAAAAUAAAGUACCAGUGCCUAAACAUUAUUUUGUGUUUAAGAAUCCAAAUAAAUAUAUCAUAGAUGAUUAUAAUAGAAAAGAAAUUGAAAAGAAGUAUAAAUCAAGAAAGACUGAAUAAGAAAUUAUUGAAGAGGAAGAUAAUGUUGAUAGUGUUAUAAAUUUUUUAUAGAAUGAUGAUUCAUCUUAACAUAUGAAAUCAGUAUAGACAGCAAAAUAAUUACAAGAAUUACUAUUGCCUCCUAGAUAAGAUACAAUGGAGGAUAAAAAUAAAAAUAAAAUGAAAUAAGGAAUGAGAUCUUAUGAUGCUAGAUCUUUAUCAGCUGUAAUUGAUAUUAAGAAAGAUAAUAAAGAUCUUUAGAUUACUAAGAUAGAGGAAGGUGAUGAUUAUUUAUUGAUAAAUGAUUAGAAAUUAGUUAAACCUUUUGUAGAAAAGCCAUUUGAUGCAGAAGAUCAUAAUAUAUACAUUUAUUAUAAUUCAAGAGAUGGAGGUGGAUGUAAAAAACUAUUUAGAAAGGUUGGUAAUUAAAGUAGUAUAUUUGAUCCUACUUAAAAUAGUAUUAGAAAUGAUAAUGAAAAUUAUAUUUAUGAAGUAUUUCUACCAACAAAUGGAUUUGAUAUUAAAGUAUAUACUGUAGGUGAAUUUUAUGCACAUGCAGAAGCUAGAAAAAGUCCAGUUUUGGAUGGUAAGGUAGUUAGAUCUUAAAAUGGAAAGGAAAUGAGAUAUCCUGUUUGUUUAACAAUGGAAGAAAAAAUGAUGGCUAUAAAGAUUGUGAAUAUAUUUGGUUAAAAUAUUUGUGGAUUUGAUUUAUUAAGAAGUAAUAAUAAAUCAUAUGUAUGUGAUGUUAAUGGUUGGUCUUUUGUAAAAGGAAAUGCUAAAUAUUAUUAAGAUUGUGCAGCUAUUUUAUAGAAUAUGAUAUUGGCUAAAUUAAGACCAACUUUAUUUUAGAAAUAAAUUUCUGAUAUUAAUUUAGUUAAAGGAUUCUACAAAAACUCUUUUAGACCAAGUUCAAAAGAUCUAGAUGGAAAAGAAAAGAAUUCUGAAUUAAGAUCAGUUGUAGCAGUAUUUAGACAUGGAGAUAGAACACCAAAAUAAAAAAUGAAAAUGAGAUCUACUAAUGAAUAAUUUCUAUCAUUUUUUGAUGAUGUACCUGAUCCAUCAAAAGAAAUUAAAUUAAAACAUCCAAAAUAAUUAUUAAAAUUACUUAAUUUAACUAGAGAAUGUAUUGCUAAAACAUCUUGUUGUGAUGAUAAUAUUAUUAAAUUAUUACAAAUGAAAUCAGUUCUAGAAUUAGGAGGACAUUUUGAAGGUAUUAAUAGAAAAGUUUAAAUUAAACCAUUAAAAACAUAAAAAAUAGAAAAAAAUGGUUCAAUCGUUGAUUUUCCAGUUGAAGUCUUAUUAAUCUUAAAAUGGGGUGGGGAAUUAACAUAAUUAGGUGAAGAACAUGCUGUUAGAUUAGGUUAAGUAUUUAGACAUGAUAUGUAUCCAACUGAGAAAGAUGGAUUACUUAGAUUACAUUCCACAUAUAGACAUGAUUUAAAAACAUUUUCGUCAGAUGAAGGUAGGUGUUAAUAUACUGCAGCAGCUUUUCUAAAAGGAUUAUUAGGUUAUGAAGGAGAAGUUACUCCUAUUUUAGCUACUAUGGUUUAAAAGAAUGAAGUUGCUUAGGAAUUAUUAGAUUGUAAUAAUUUAGAAAUUGAAGAGGAAGUAGAAAUUAAAAAUAUUCUAUAAAAAAUGUUAACAAGUGAUGAGGAUAUGUUAGUAUAGAUUUACAAGUAUUUUCCAGAUUUUAAUAUGACUUAAACUUAACAUGAUUUAAUUAGCAAAUUUAAAUGUCCAAAGUCUAUGCUUAUUUAAUUACACUCAUACAUUAAUUAAUUAACCAAAAAUAUAAGGUAAUUUUAAAAUAAACUAAUUAGACUUCAUAUUCACUUGGAUAAAAACUAUUAUAUAACUCCAAGUGAUAUGGAACAAGGAGCUUAAACUAUGUUUGAAUCAGAAAACUUAACUUUAUUCUUCAAAAGAUGGUACAAAUUAGAAUAUGAUUUCUUAUAAAAAGAAAAAUUCAAUAUUUCUAAAAUUCCAGAUAUUUAUGACAGUGUCAAAUAUGAUAUGUUACAUAAUCAAGAUAAAUUAUAAUUUUAUGAAAAUUCAAAAGAGUUUUAUUGUUUGGCUGAAUUACUAAGUCAUUUUAUGGUUCCAUUUGAAUAUGGAAUCACAACAAAAUAAAAAUUAUCUAUAGCUAAACGUGUAGUUGGUCCUUUAUGUAAUAAAAUCAAAUAGGAUCUUUUAUGGUGGAAUAAAGCAGAAUCAAAAAAUUAAUAAUAGGAGGAAGAUUAUUGGAAAUUUAGAUAAUCUGAUGAAAGUGAUUUGAAUAGUCCAUGGAGACAUGUAAGAACUAGAUUAUAUUUUACAUCUGCUUCUCAUUUAUAUUCUUUAUUUAAUAUUUUAUAUUAUGGAUUAGGACAUUAUUUAAUUGAAGAUGAAUUUAAAUAAAAACAAUUGUAAUAAAUAUUAAUGCUUUAAUAUCUAUCAAAUAUUGUGAUAAAAUUAUAUGAAGAUUUAUCAUCUGAAAAAGAGGAUCCAAAUAGAUUUAGAAUAGAAUUAAGUGUAUCUGAUGGUAUUCAAAUGCAAUUUCCAAUUGAUAAAAAUAUGCUACCCAAAAGUGACAAUAUUCACAUUAACUAAUCAUUAAGAUUGGAUUAACUAGAAGAAUUCCUUAAUCAAAUUAUUGAUUGUGCUUUUGGUGAUGUUGUUCAAUCUUUAUGA